UUAUUUCUGUUUCGGUUGCGGAAAUUAGGAAAGUUUGUUGAAAUGGCGAAGACGUAUGCGACAUAUUUUAUUUGUGAAAGUAACUUUAAUACGAAUUAACGUUAAACGGUAAGCAGUUUAAAAAAAUGUAUUCGUUAAUUACUAUUUUGUUCGUUUGUUGGUCUUACGUUUGCGGAAUGAAUAAUAUUACUUCUAAGGUGUUUGGAACCGACACGUCAGGGUUGUUAGCAGCAUUUGGAGACUUUAAUUCUGACAAAUUAACUGAUAUAUUUAGAAUAUCCAAUGAUAGAAGAACUGUGGAUAUUCUAUUCGGCCGCGACGUAGAGCCCAUAUUACAGAAAUCUUCGGUUAAAUGUAGAUUUGAUGCCAAAACAAUUAUAACGAGCGUCAUGCCGUCAGAUUUCGAUGGAGACAGCAAAAUGGAUGUACUCGUUACUACUAUCACGUCUGAUAGCGAGAACGAGACCAACGAAGUACGCAUACUGUGGGGCAAUAAGAGUAACUUGGACUGCGACGAAGAUACGCACUUCGCCGCCAUCGGUCAGCCUCUUGUGUUCGAUUACGACGGAGACAUGAUUGCAGAUCUGUUUGGGAUGAACGAACGAGGAAUCAAGACCGUUUGGACUUUCGGUGCUGGAAGAAAUUUUACGGAGAUUCGUCUCGGCCACGAUCGGUCGAAGCUCGCCAUACCCCACUCUUGCGCCUUCGUGGAUCUGAAUGGCGAUAUGGUCGCCGAUCUGUUCGUGACCUGCGAAGAGUCGAUACAGUAUUGGAUAAACGAUAGGGGAAAGUUUGAGUUGAACGUAUCUCUUCCGUAUCCCAAAGAUGCGGUUCUUCGCGGACAAGUUACUUUUGGCGACAUAAAUUCGGAUGGAGUUUUGGAAAAGAUACUGCCCGUCUGCAAGGAUCCCUCGUGUUUUUCUUCGUCGAUAAUGGUUUGGGACGAGACGAAAGAGGAUUGGGAAACGCUGUUUUCGGAUUUCCAGAGAGACAAUGCCACUUGGGGAUUUGGGCCGUUGGGUAGAACUGUGUUGGAAAAAUCUACUUUUCCGAUCGUGUUGAGAAUGGCAGAUUUCAACAUGGAUGGGUAUCCAGAUUUUUUAGGUAUCGUUCAGUCGAAAGUAACAAAUAUAUCAAAAGCAAUUCUUUUAAUAAACAAAGAAUGUUCUACGUGUCCGUUUGGUAGAACUCUGCAUGCAGAUUGGACCUUAGCUGACUUGGAUCAUUCGAAUAAUAAUGUACAGAUAGCAACGUUUUACGAUAUAUUUCAAAAUGGAAAAAUGGAUAUUCUUUUAGUAAGUCAAAAUAAUAACAAAUGGCAAAUAAGUGCCAUAGAAAAUAUUGUUAGUUAUGAUGCUUAUUUUAUCAAAGUGUUGGUCUUGAACGGUUUGUGUUAUGUCGACUGUGUCGACGGAAAUAUUCCUUAUGGAACUAAUUAUCCUGGACCAUUUAUUAAAUAUUACACUACUGAUUCAGACAGUAGUAAACGAAGAAGUUCCUCAGUUCAGUUACAUCAGUCUGCGUAUUUUUCUCUUCAGCUGCCUUAUAGCGUUUUUGGUUUAGGAGAGACUCCAAACUUUGUCGAUAAAUUAUACGUGACCAUUCCAGGAUUUUCUAACGAUAAUGUUCGUAAGCACGAAUGGAAUCAAAUAAUACCAAAUUCUCAAAUGGUGAUAAUUCCACAUCCUCCAGAAAAUCCAAAAAAAUGGGUAAAUAAACUAUUUGUUACUCCCAGCAGACUAGUUAUUUUAACUUUGCUGGCUCUUGUAGGAACAUGUAUUGUUAUCUGUACUAUAAUUGGUUUACUUCACUGGAAAGAGAAGAGGGAAGAUCGUAGAGAAAAACUGCAAGAAGCUCAUCGAUUUCAUUUUGAUGCAAUGUAAUAAAAUUACUAAAAAUGCAUUUUUGUCUGUCGGUAUAUAACAUAUUUAAAUCAAGCCGAUUCAAGGAUAUUUUUACUGUUUUUUACGAUCAGAUUCUAGUCCAAAGCAAGGUCAUUAUUAUAAACAUUGAAACAUUGUAGCAAUGUUUAUAUUCUUAUCAUAUAAUUUGUUUAUUAAGAUCAUUAUGAGAUUUUUAAUACAGAGGCAAUUGAUUCAUCUAUAUAACUGGAUGUAAAAUAUUGUGCUACAUAUUUUGAAGAAAAUAGAAUAUUGAAACUUAUUUAUUAAAUGUGCACAUUUAAUUUAAGUUAAUUUUGAAUAAUUUUGUAAUGAAUGUAUUACAUAAUUCUCAAGAGAAUUAUCAGUUUUUUUUAAAACUAAAUUUUAAGAAAUUUGAAAUAUCUUCAAUUGUAAAAUACUGUACAUUGUGUAACCAGUAUCAGAAUUUCAUUAAAACAUUGUUAUUUUUUGAUAAGAUGAAAAUGCCCUAAAAAUAUAAUAUUUUGCUAAGGACAAAUAUACCGUAUUUACUGACAUAUAAGAUGACUUCACAUACAGGACGAGGUGUGACUUUAAAGAUCAAAAUAAAGAAAAUUGGAUUUAUUAAUACAAUUCUACUUUUAUUUCAUUUAAUUACAAGUAAA